CGCAAAAUUUUGCGUUUUUUGUGUUUACGGGGUGGGGACUAAACAGAGCCUCAGUCUUCAGUUCAGUCUUGACUGCUUGCUUGCUGGAAGUACAUGUCUAUCCUCAUCCUCAUAGAUCGAUUGGGCUGUUGCUUCUCCAGUAUUCCUUCCAUUUUCACCACAUUAAAUUAGAUUAUCAUUAUUAUUAAAUGGUUUGGAAUUUUGCGAGAAGAUACAGACUUAUCAGAAAAACCUUAGCAUUAUGUUCCUUCCAAAACAAACAGCAUUCCCAUUCACCAGUUAGGUACAGUUACAUCUAUCGCAGUUGAAAUACCAUACUGAAAACACUCGCUACAUUUACAGCAAACAUAACAAGAUACCAACCUAAUGAGCUAGGCUCAAGCUACUAGCUAGCCCCAUCCCCAUGGCUAGUCUGUACACUCCAAAGUGCAGUGGCUUCGUUGGCAACUUGAUUUGAACUUCAGUCUGAGAACCAAAAACUUGCAAGACCAACUCCCACCACAAAGCUGACUCGUUCGUCACUAGUAUAUAUACAGAUGGACAAAUUUAGCCUAUUUACUUCACAGUUUCUCCGUCCAGAAGAUUUGCAUUUCUAUUUUUCCUUUUCAGCUCAAGCCUCAAGGCCAAGGAACACAGCUAAGCUAGCAGCCAAUGCAAGCUCACACAAAGUAGCCCAGAGCAACCAGCUCCCACCUAACAGGCACCAAAUCACCUUUAGUUGUCACACCUCAUGGCUUUCACAGGGCACCGCAUUUUUCUCGUUCGCUUUGCAUAUAUACAUGGGAUUUUGCUUAGAGCUACUGCUGCACAAGCCUGCUGGAUUCACCUCCCUCCCACAAAAUCCAAUGCAAGCCAUGAGGGGUUUUCAACUUCUGGUCCUAGUGGCCUUGCUUAUUGGGGAGUUGCACUGCGCAAGAACAGCAUCAGCACCACCAGCAGACGCCCCAGCAACAUCACCACAAUCUCCCGAGCCACCACCAGCAGAUCAGCAAACCCCACCACAGGCGCCGGGGCCAUCGCCUCCGUCGCCACGCCAACGGGGAUCCCCACAUCGACGACCAACAGCACCACCUACGCAGGAUCCAGCACCACCGAAGCAGGAACCGGAACCGGAACCGGAACCGGAACCAGCACCGCCGCGGCUGGUUGUGCCACCAGAGGACUCUCCUGCGCCGGCAACACCCGGAAUGAUCAACCACACUACGGGUUGCACCACUCUCCUUGUACUUGGGGACUCAACCGUGGACCCUGGAAACAACAACCACCUGCCCACCACAGCCAGGGCAAAUUUCUUGCCCUACGGCUUGAACUUCUACGGGCGCAGGCCCACUGGCCGAUUCACCAAUGGCCGGUUAGCCACAGAUAUGUUAGCGGAGAAGCUAGGUAUAGGGAGAACUAUUCCAGGCUUCUUUGACCCAAGCCUGAGGCUGGCCCAGCUCAGGAGGGGUGUAAGCUUUGCAUCGGGAGGCUCUGGAUACGACGACAGCACUGCCAACAGAAUAAAUGUGGUGUCAUUCUCUGCACAACUGCGCAAUCUUUUCCGUUACAAGCUACUCAUCCGAACAUUGCUUGGACCAAGAAGAGCAGAGCGACUUAUUAACAGGGCUACCUUUGUGAUAAGCUCUGGUACAAAUGAUAUGCUUUCUGUCUAUCUUGCAUCAAAUCGAUCGAAUGCGAUUAGUAUGGAAAUGUACGAGAAUCACCUGAUAACACGUGUUGCAAAUUACACCCAGGCUAUGAUAAUGCUUGGAGGAAGGAGAUUUGUUUUUGUUGGACUGCCCCCAAUGGGUUGCUUGCCAAUUGCCCGAACUUUGGUCGGCACAGGAUCGGACAGAUGUGAUGAGACAUUAAAUCAGCUUGCAGCUUCAUUCAACUCGAAGCUAGUUCAACUGUUGAGUUUCAUAAAUUAUCAGCGCCAAAUUAGAACCUCAUACAUAGAUACGUAUACAACCAUACAUGCCGCAACAGUGGAUCCUAAGACCUUCGACCUAACAGAAGUAUCAAGAGGGUGCUGCGGAUCAGGGGUAAUUGAAGUAGGGCAAACAUGCCGAGGGCGAAGAACAUGUGGAGACCCCAGCAGGUACUUAUACUGGGAUGCUGUCCAUCCAACAGAGAGGACAAACCAGCAUUUCGCGAACGUGAUGAUGGAUUCUAUUAGAGAACUCUAUAGCUAGACUGAGUGAAGAGAGGGCCGUGAUUUGGAGUCACAGCUUCACCAGACUCAGACAUGAAGGGGCGGCUAGUUUUUAUCGGAGUCAUGUGUAUCCAAAUGUACUAGAGUUAAUAUAUAGCUGAAUUUGAAUGGCCCUUAUGGCCAUUUGUAUC